UGUCACCGCACUAAUUAAAUGCCAUCUGGGUGGUUCCUCUGGGUUUUUGAGCCCAUCACCCAGUUCAGACCAAGUCAGAGUCCAAGGAGGAGAACAUGAUGAUGGACCUUUUUGAAACUGGCUCCUAUUUCUUCUACUUGGACGGGGAAAAUGUUACUCUGCAGCCAUUAGAAGUGGCAGAGGGCUCUCCUUUGUACCCGGGGAGUGAUGGUACCUUGUCCCCCUGCCAGGAUCAAAUGCCCCCGGAAGCUGGCAGCGACAGCAGCGGAGAGGAGCACGUCCUGGCGCCCCCAGGCCUGCAGCCCCCCCACUGCCCCGGCCAAUGUCUGAUCUGGGCUUGCAAGACCUGCAAGAGAAAAUCUGCCCCCACUGACCGGCGGAAAGCUGCCACUCUGCGCGAGCGGAGGCGCCUAAAGAAAAUCAACGAGGCCUUCGAGGCACUGAAGCGGCGGACUGUGGCCAACCCCAACCAGAGGCUGCCCAAGGUGGAGAUUCUGCGGAGCGCCAUCAGCUACAUUGAGCGGCUGCAGGACCUGCUCCAUCAGCUGGAUCAGCAGGAAAAAAUGCAGGAGCUAGGGGUGGACCCCUUCAGCUACAGACCCAAGCAAGAGAAUCUUGAGGGCGCGGAUUUCCUGCGCACCUGCAGCUCCCAGUGGCCAAGCGUUUCGGAUCAUUCCAGGGGGCUCGUGAUAACUGCCAAGGAAGGAGGGGCGAGCAUCGAUUCGUCAGCCUCGAGUAGCCUUCAAUGCCUUUCUUCCAUCGUGGACAGUAUUUCCUCCGAGGAACGCAAACUGCCCUGCGGGGAAGAGGUGGUGGAGAAGUAACUCGCAGCCGGAGCUUGGGAUGUUCUCGCGCCGCGGGAGGACCCCCCCUCCUUCUCCUAAUCCUGUAGCUUGGGUCACAUUACAUUAAUAUUUAGGAACCCAGGCCCAGGAGUUUAUGAAAGGGAAGGAGACCUGUUCACAAGGAAACGUCUCAGAAACUGUUGUGCACGCUCAGAUGAAAAAGCCUUUCGGCUUUGGGCUUUUACUUUUGGAACCGCGAGUGGCUUAGCUCUAGCAGCCUGACUUUGUAUUUGUGUGGCUAGUUGUGUAACCUCUUACCUUUAUUCCGGUGAUCCUUUUGUGCCGUGUUCAAAAGAAGUUCAUUCCUGUCCGAAGCCAAGUGGGAACGUUGCAUCGAAAUGUUAGUGGUAUUGAAUGUAUUUUUGUAAAUAUUCUUAGUACUUUCAUUUUUUAUGUAAACCCAAGAAAUAUAUUUUAAAUGUGGAGUGAUGGAUUGCAUAUAAAAUGUGCGAGGAUCCUGAUAUUGUAAUAUCAAAAAAAAAAUAAGUUUCUUUAUAAACCAAAUUGGUCCCAAUUUGAUUCAACUGAAAAAAAAAAAUGUUUGGGAGCAGGUGCACAUAAAUAAAGAGGAGCCAUAUUUUAACUUAGACGCCACACAAGCCCAUUUGUUUGGGUGUGUUCUUAAAGGCUGACUGAAAGGGAAGAAAAUGGGUUAUUUUCCUGUGUCUGAAUUAAACUGUUCACUUUUCUAUCUCAUACAGACCUCACACUUGUGGUUAAAAGUGAAGAAUAUCCAGGAGGAAUCUGCCCUCUUCUCCUUUAUCACCAUCUUUUUUAUGUUUUCAACUGUCCUAUACCUGGAGCUCUGGGUGAGAUUUACUUACCCAGAGUUAACAACUUGAAUUUUCAACCCAGUAAAAUCUCAUUGUUGCAAGAGAUAGCCACACAAAAACUUGGAUUUGCCUAAAAAGCUCUUCAGCUAAUUUACCCCAAAUUACUUUGCCUCUUGACUUUCCAGGCCCGGCCCUUCACCAAGAAGCCUUCCUCUGGAGGACCCAGGGGCUGCACUGGCCUCCCAGCCAGGUCGCUGGCCCCUCCCUAAUUUUCUUGAACUAGACUGGUUAGAAGACUGGAAUACCAUCCAGGCCUCGUGUGGCUGGGGUUUGUUUUGCAAAUAGAAAGAUAAAAGAAGGGAACAAUCUGUUUCCUGAGGUGGGGGAAGGCUUCGAGAGAGGGAAGGGUUAAAUGGCUGAGGGCAAAAGACAACCACAACGCACAUGAAACCUCUUAGCUGGACCAAAGAGCAAAGCCCCCAGAGAGGCAUGAAGCCCCAGGAGCUCCUCACGGCCAGGAUUUUACAACGUGUGCCAGGUUUGUUUAUCCUGUAACUUCAGGAAGAAACGACCACCAAGAAUCACAGUGGGAAGUGAAGCGGAGGAGAGGGCCAGCCAUUUCUCUGGAAUCGCUGCUUCUCACUUGCAUUCUGUAAAUGGCACCUUCACUCCCAACACCCCUCCCCACCCUUGACUUCUUCCUUCCUUUUCCCCACAGCGGGUCCUCAGUUUACAAAUGUGAAAAUCAAACCGAAUCCAAUAUUUCCCAGCCCAACCUGGCUUCCUAACACUCCAGUCUGGACGUUCCUUUUGCACACCACAGAAGUUCCAGAUACCACCGCAGACAGCGCCCCCUGCAGGCACGGAGCAGUAUCGUGCCCCUUUUCUAUCUCUAAGGGCCUCUUUCUGGGGGUGAUAGUUACUCUGUCUUCUGAGCACCUGGAUAAUGCUCGUUUCUCCUAGAAUGCUUAUAAAGUGCAGAAAGGUUCACAGAGAAAACUGACAUUGACAUACAAUCUCUCCCAGAGGUUUGAGAAAAGCAGGUGGGAGUGUUAUGGCUGCAAACUGCUGAGUUGCUGUGGGCGCUGCCUACUUAGAUUGAACCCGGGUUGCUCCUGUGUAGCCUUGGGCUAUCCCAGCUCCUCCCUCCUUCCCGUUUCCUCAUUUAUAAAAUAAUGGUGAGGACAAUAACGGUGCUUAACUCGGGGGUGUGAAGAUUUCGGUGAGAUAAAACACAGAAAAGCUUUAGCCGGAGCAGAGCACCGAACAAAUAUUCAAUGUGGGCUCUCUGUAUUUUUCAUUAAUAAAUCUACAUUGACCAUCAAAUGCUUCUCUUCCCCCCAAAGCCACAGUUCCUUCAAAUACUAUUGGCUGCCUGCGUUGCAGGCGCUAUUUGGGAAAAGUAUUGAUAACAAUGAAAUCAGUAGCAAUAUGAAUGACUCAUUCUUAGCAUUUUACAUAUGCACUCAGAAUCCUACAACUACUGGUGUUGAGGGAAACUUGUUACUUCUUUUGAGAAAAGGCUUCUUGGGUACGAAGAGUUUCUUGCAUUUUUGUAAGCAUAGGUCCAGGGCUUGGAGGCAGUAAAUACCAGAGGCUUCAAGCCUGUUGGCUCAAUCACCUGCGCCCUGAAAGAGAAGCCUUGGCAAGUAAGAAAGAACAUUUGUGGUCCAGAACAGUUUGGCUCUCUUUAGCAAUUAUUUUUCAAAUGUUCUUUCUCAAGAGUGAUUAGCUAGCGAACUCCAAAUUAGGGCAGUAACUUAAUUAAAGAAAAACUGUAGAGCAUUUCAAAUUAUCCAACCAGAACAUGUAUAUGAAUAUGAAUAUGUCUGGGUGGUGUGUAUAUCCAUUCAUCAUGCUUAUUAUGUAUCUAUGAUUUUUUCUUGAGAAUCAAUAUUUUCCCUAAAAUGUUUGUCUAUACAUAUAUAUUCUAUAUGUAUACACAUUACAUAUUAUAUAUAUAAUAUAUAUAUAAUAAAAUAUAGGUAUAUAUA